AUGUCUUAACUUGCUUCAAUUGGUAUUGACUUUGGUAGUUAGAGAUCUGUAAUCGCCGCAGCCUUAAAGGGUGGUGUGAAGGUUCUAGACAAUGAAGGAUCACAUAGAGAAACAUAAAAUGUGGUUGGAUUCACAGUCGAAGAAAGAUUCAUUGGAGAACAAGGAGCCUUAUAACAAAAGUCCAAUUUCAAAAAUUCUGUUGCUUUUUUCAACAGAUUCUUGGGAUUACACGGUGAGCCUGCAUUCAGAGCAGAAGAGACAAAAUGGUUGACUGUUCCUACAUCUACAAAUGAUUCUGGAAAAACUUAAUUUGAGGUCAAUUACCUUGGUUAGAAGACCACCUUCACUCCUGAACAAUUGACAGGUUCUAUGUUGAACAAAUUAAAGCACGUUAUAGCUCACAAUGACAUAAAUAGUCAAGCAAGUAAUUUUUGUAUCAGUGUGCCUGCUUAUUACACAGAAUCAGAGAGAAAGGCCUUGAUUGAUGCUUGCAAGAUCGCUGACAUUCCCUUGGAGAGAUUGCUAAACGAAACAACAGCAAUUGCAAUUAAUUAUGGUCUAUUUAGAAAAGCAGAUUUGGAUGCUGAUAAACCAAGACAUGUGGCAUUUGUUGAUUUUGGACAUUCCAAAUUCUCCGCCUUUGUGGGUUCAUUCUAUAAGGAAAAGGCUUCCGUCGUUGCUUAAGUGAAUGAGAGAAACUUAGGAGCUCGAGAUAUUGAUUGGGUUUUAUUUGAAAAAUUUGCCACACAAUUUGAAUAAUAAUCAGGUGGUCUGAAUGUGAGAAAAAACCUUAAAGGAAAAUUAAGACUAUUGGAAUCGAUUGAAAAAGCUAGAAAGGUCUUGUCUGCAAAUUCAGAGGCUCCAAUUAAUGUCGAGUAUUUAGUGGAAGAUGAGGACUUCAACACUUUAAUCAAGAGAGAAGAUUUUGAAUAAAUGAUCUAACCUGUGUUGAAUUAGAUUCAAUAACAAUUAGAAUUCUUAUUCAGUUAAGUUUAGAAUUUGAAAUUGCAAUUGCACUCAGUUGAAAUUGUAGGAGGAGCAACAAGAAUUCCCGCAGUCUAAAGAUUAAUUGAAAAGAUAUUCAAAAUUGAAUAAGUAUCCAGAACUUUGAAUGCCAGUGAAUCAAUUUCAAGAGGAUGUGCUAUGAUGGCUGCCAUGAAGAGUCCAAAUUUCAAGGUCACUGAAUACAAGAUUGAAGAUUGCAAUUACUAUCCAAUUAGAGUAGGUUGGCUCUAUGGACAAUAAUUAAGCUAAUAAGAUAAAAGCCAAGGAUUGGUCUUAUUCGAUUAAAAUAAUCCAAUUCCUUCCAUCAAGAGUUUCGCACUUUUAAAAACUGAACCAAUUGAAAUUACACUCUUCUAUGAUCCUGUCCCUGAAGGUUUCUAAGCUGUUUUAUCAUAAAUUCGUGUGCCUCCAUAAAACCCAAAGCACCAAGAGCAUUCAACAAAGAUCAAGAUCUUAUUGAAUCACAAUGGAUUAUUACAAUUAGAAGAAAUAGUAUUGUAAGAAGAAUUCAUGGAAGAAGUUAAAGUGCCUAUUGAAAAACCAAAACCUGCUGAAUAACCUAAACCAGCUGAACAACCUAAACCAGCCGCUGAUGCCCAACAAUAAUAACCACAAGCUGCCGAACCAUAAUAACCAGCUCCAGAGGCUGCAUAACAAGAAUAACCAAAACCAGAAGAACCACAAUUUGAAUUAAAAUCAAAGAAGAAAACUAUCUAAACUUAAAUCAAUUGUGAAACCACCUCCUUGAAUAGUCUCUCCAAAAAGGACAUUGAUCAUUUAUUCCAAUAAGAGUGCGAGAUGUAAAACUAAGACAAAUUGGUUCACGAAACCCAUUUCAAAAAGAAUUAAUUGGAAGCCUACAUUUAUGCAUGGAGAGAGAAUGUCAAUGGCAAAUAUGCCUAACACGUUAAACCUGAUCUCAAGACCCAAAUUCUUAAGGAAUUAGAUGUCUAAUACGAAUGGCUCUAUGGUGAUGGUCAAAAGACCACAAAGAGGGAGUAUUCUGAUAGAUACGACAAACUUGUCUAAUUGUGUGGCCCAAUAGUCACAAUUGCUGAUGAGUUCAGAUUAGUCCCAGAGACUAUUCAAUAAGUAUUACAAUACACUUCCAAUUAUGAAGGAUUUGUUACUUCACAAGAAUAAUAAUAUGCUCAUAUCACACCUGAGGAAAGACAAGUUGUUGCCAAUGAAGUGAGUGCUUUCAAAUUAUGGUGCAAUUAAGUUUUGGAUGCCUUAAGCAAAGCAGAUAAAACACUCAGAUUCACAACUUCAGUCCAACAAAUCUAAGCCAAAUAUAAUGAAUUCAGAGAUAAAUGUUAACCAGUUGUAAACAAACCUAAACCAGAACCACCAAAAGAGGAGAAGAAGCCUGAAGAGCCUCAACCUUAAAAAUAACCAUAAGAAAAUGAGGCCAAUAACAAUAAUAAUAACAAAAUGGAAACAGAAUGAUUUAUAAUUUAAUGUUAUCGUUGUUCAUAUGUAAUUCAAUUUAAAUA